UCCUCCUUAGUACUGAACAAGUUAAAUCAUUCCUCAUAGCUUUCAAUGACCAAAAAAGGAGUAGAAAUGCCUAAAGAAUGUGUAUGUAUUGAAUUUCUACAAACUUUGUCAGCCACAUGAUGUGGAACAAGCCUGCCCAGCUUCUGAAGGCCACUCACAACCUCCUUUUGGGCAGAACUGCCAGGUUGCACUUGCUCUUUGAAGGACAACCACAUGCUGAAGACUUUGCAGAGAUAUUUCUGAAUAAAAUGAAAGUUCUCCUUCUGAUCACAGCCAUCUUGGCUGUAGCUGCUGGUUUCCCCGUCCCUCAAGACCUGGUAAGAGAACAACGAAGUGUCAGUGGGAGCAAUGAGUCACCUUCACAGUUUUAUGUGCCCCCGUACCCAUUUCCAUUUGGCCCAUAUUAUAUACCAUUCCUGUAUCAAGGACAUCCCUGGUUUCCACCUCAAUUAGUUCCAAUACCUCUGUCUGAGCCCACAAUUUCGCCUCCUAGUGGAGAGUAAAUAAGAAAAGUCCCACUGCAAUUUAAAAUGAAAUAGAUGGUCACUGCAAAGUUGAAUGUGAGCCACUUACUUGAAGAAUCAAUAUU